AUGAAAUUCGGAGUGUGCAGCUUUAGUGGACAGGCCAUAUACAGAGGAAAGGGAAGAAUCGUAGUGCUUCCAAACGGUACAUCGUACCUUCUCGCAAAGAAGAAGUGCAGAAGUCUCUUUGAAAAGGGAAUGAACCCAAAGAAAAUCAGCUGGACUCUGGCGUCAAGAAUCAUCCACAAGAAGGCCGUUGCUUUCAAGCCGUCCAAGGUGAGUGUUCCAAAGGUCACAAAGGCAGUCAGAGCUUUUGUAGGGCUAUCUCUGGAGGAGCUCAAGAGCAAAAUGUCAACAGAGAAGGGAGAGCAAAAGACCGCCUCUGUCAGAUUCAACAAGAGAGACAAGAUAAAGAGCAUAGCAAAGAAAUAA